AUGUUCUCCCGCUCAACACUCCGCGUCGUCUUUGACACGCGAUGGACGCCGAAACCGAACCACCUUGCAUCGACGAGCCGUAUCUGUGUCUCCCCGAUUCUCUCGCAACGAGCAUGCCUGCACGGCACGAGUUCCAAGUCAAAUAAUGCAAUGGGUCAAUUGGAUCCGAAGCAAUCAUCCUCGUCAACAAACGCACCCGGGACACCAUUGACGGCCAUCCCGCGCGCGCAGUCUUCGCAGCCACAGCAGCAACAGCAACAACUGACACCAACGAACGAAAUCCCCCCCAGCAAACGCCCUAUAGAACCAACCUUCACCACACCACUAAAACUAACAAAAACGCUCCUCUCAACCCUCCCAAACCUAGCCACCCAAAAACCGCACUACGUGAUCGCCCACCUCCACGCAAAACCCUACCUCCUCACGGCAGGUGACCAUCUCCGCCUCCCCUUCCUAAUGCCGAACGUGGAGCCGGGCGAUGUCCUCCGCUUCAACCGGGCUUCUGCGGUGGGCUCGCGCGACUUCACUCUCAAGGGGGCGCCGUAUGUGGAUGAGCGGAUGUUCGAGUGUCGGGUUCGGGUGCUCGGGGUUGAUGCGGAGCCGAUGCGGAUUAAGGAGAAGACGAAGAGGAGGCAGAGACAUGUGAGGCAGGUGAGGAGUAAGCAUAAGCAUACUCUUUUGCGGGUUAUGGAGGUUAGGGUUAAGAAUGUUGAAGAGUUGGUGGGGGAGGGGGCUGUUGUUGAUGAGGUUGAAGUUGAGGAGAAGGCUUAG